AUGGUUCCUGUCUAUCCAUGCUGGACUUGUCAUAGGGACGGAAUAAAUGCUAUUCUCCGCGAAGUGGACAAGUAUUUCCUUCAAAUGAAAGAUCAUCGGAAAAGCCGCUUAUGCGCGCGCAGUGCUGUCAUAUCCCCCAUGAUCCAAUACGUGUUAUCCGGCUCUGCAGUGUCCACUCACAGUCCCGAUAGCCAGUCUCGCUUCGCACUCAGCAUAGUCGUACACUCGACUGUGUUAAUGCGCAACCCCCUAAUCGGAUAA